AAAUGACAAAUCCAAUUUUAGCUCUUGACAGUGCGUGUUCUAUGAGCAACACGAUCAACGUUGUGUUUAAAACUGAACAACAUUUUAUUUCAUUGGGAAUUGAAUUACUAUACAGAGUAACAGAGCUCAAUACUACUCUUUUCUACACUACGCAGAAAAGUAAUGUAGGUCUACUACAAUGCUUACAUUUCAAAACAUUUUGGAUAAGAAAUUCAACACUUGAAAUUGAAUGCAAAAUAACAGAAUUAAUUUUGGAAGUUAAAAUUGUUUUUGGCUUAUUUGUUCCUAUUUGUCGAAUUAGAGUAAACGGGGGGCGAAAUGUAUUAAAAGAAUCAAGUGUUGAUAUUUUCUCGAAUGGUCAGAUAGUAAAAAAUAUGGCGAGCCUACAUUACAAAAAAGCGCUAAAUGGAAAUGCAGAAGAUGGUCUCUGUUUUUCUUUAGAACGACACGCAAAAUGGGAAUCCACAUUUCAAUGGCCAAGAAUUAUUAAACAAGUUGUAAUACAUAUAUGUGAAACAUUUACAUCCGAUACGGUCAAUUUUAAAAUUGAGUUUUUCAACACUGGCGACCAGAUAAAAUUUAUAAAGAUCGUUAACUAUUUCUCUUAUCGUUAUGCAAUCAACAUUGUAAAUAGUGGUGAAAUAGUAAAAAUUGUUCUAAGCUCAAGCGAGACGCUAGCAGUGUCAGAAUUUGAAGUACUUGGUGAUUGUACGAAAAGAAGGUACGGUGCUGAUUGUAAGGAAAUGUGUAGCAUAACAUGUGCUGACCAGGAUUGUCAGUUUAACGGUGUUUGCAAAGAAUGUGUACAGAAAAGAACCGGAGAUUUCUGCAUGGAGUCCUUAGAUAAAAUCAGGUUUUCUGAAAACGUUUCGCUGUCUCCAAUAAACUAUAUACCAACCAGAAGAAAGUUCGCCUUUAGCCAAGCACAGAUAUUGACGAUAAUUGUAUUAAUUAUAAUAGUCAUUGUUAUGUUGUAUCUAUUAACUUUCAAAAACGGUUCCAGAAAUGAUCAGAGACAAACAAAUAAAAAACGAAGCUUAAAGGAAUAAAUGCAAUAUAUAUUGCACUUAAAACUGCAAACCAAUUUGAAAAACAAGUAUUCGACGACAUAAUUGUGUUUUCAAACUUCUGGAAUUUUACUGGAUAUUUUUUU